GUAGUGUACGCCUGUGAAGUUUAAAGUGAAAACAAGAUAUGGCUUCCUUCUGUAACACAACAAUAUAUAUUCAAGUUGGUGUAAUGUGUGUUCUUUUUAGCUUUGCCAGCAACCUACCUUCGGUAGUUAAUCUAGGUGGAUUGUUGAACGACGAUGACAAAGAAGUUGAAAAUGCAUUUCAACAUGGUGUAGAUGAGAUUAAUGAAGAUAGUAGUAUUCUUCCCACAAAGCAGUUGUCUAUGAGACUCAGCAAACUCAAGCCUCAAGACACGUUUCACACUUUCCAAGCAGCAUGCCAACAGCUGAGUUCUGGAAUUAUUGGUUUCAUUGGUCCAACAACUCUACCAUCCUCCUCUCUUAUCCAAUCAGUUUCGACUUCCAUAGAAAUACCCCACGUUCGGUUGCAGUCGGAUUACAUUGCUAAUGUCCCUAAUGGUUUUUCGUUGAAUCUACACCCUAGUUCAGAGCUCCUGAGUAAAGCGUUUCGAGAUAUAUUGGACACAAGAGGUUGGAUGUCUUAUACCAUAGUAUACGAAAGUAAUGAAGCUCUUAUUAAGCUCAAAAAACUCUUGGAGAGAGACACAAAUAAAUCAGUGAAAAUCUCAUUUCGUCAACUGAAACCAGGAAUGAGUUACAAAAAGCUUGCGAAAGAUAUAGGCAAACAAGGAGAAGCAAACAUAGUUCUGGAUAUUUCUACCUGGAAAAUUAAAGAAUUCUUUAAACAGGCACAAGAUAUUGGAAUGAUGACCGAAUACCACAGUUAUCUGGUAACAUCACUGGACUUACAUACAGUAGAUCUGAGGGAGUUUCAACGAGGAAGAACCAAUAUCACGGCUUUUCGUUUAGUUAGUUCUGACCACGAGAAAGAAAGACAAGGGUGGGAGUGGGCUUAUGAAGGUGGUCAAUAUAAGAAGGUUUCUCAACAGAAAAAAACACUUAAGACAAAAGCUGCCCUUGUACACGAUGCAGUGAAAAUGUUUGCCCUAAGUCUGCAUAACAUGAGCAGCGACAUAACAGUUCGUAUUCAGAGCAUUUUUUGUGACUCUCCAGAACCAUGGACACAUGGAAAUCAUCUUCUAAAUAUCAUGAAAGAGACAAAGUUCAAAGGCCUCACUGGAUUCGUUGAGUUUGAUCAGAACGGAACGAGAACCAAUUUCUCACUCGACAUUCUGGAAUUGAAAGAAGAAGGACUUAGAAAAGUGGGUACGUGGAAUACGCAGUUUGGCAUUCAGUUCUCUACCAAAUACGAGAAAUUAGUAGGUGACGUUUUGCGACAAUUAAGGAACCGUACUCUGGAGGUUGUAACAAUUAUUAAUCCGCCCUACAUGAUGAUGAAAGAACCAGCAGAGCAGCUAACUGGAAACGAUCAGUUUGAAGGUUAUUGUUUGGAUCUACUUGAAGAACUGUCUAAGAGACUAGGUUUCAAGUAUAAGAUACACCAAGUUCGUGACGGUUCUCAUGGAAGCAAGAACGAACAUGACGAAUGGAAUGGCAUGAUACGAGAAUUGAUUAAUAAGGAAGCUGACUUAGCUCUUGCUGACCUGACCAUUACUUAUGAAAGAGAGGAAGCAGUUGACUUCACAAUGCCUUUCAUGAACUUAGGAAUCAGUAUUCUUUUCAGGACGCCCACCAAAAACGUUCCAAAGUUAUUUUCCUUUCUUUCGCCGCUUUCCUUGGAAGUUUGGAUGUAUAUGGCGACAACGUACUUGGGUGUCAGUUUACUUUUUUUUCUACUUGCUCGACUGACACCUUACGAAUGGGUGCCUUCUAAUUCCUGUAAUCCAGAUUCCAAUGUCUUAGAAAAUCAGUUCAGCUUAUCCAAUAGUUUUUGGUUUACUAUAGGAUCCCUGAUGCAACAAGGAACUGAAAUUGCUCCAAAAGCAAUAUCGACACGCGUCGUAGCUAUCAUGUGGUGGUUUUUUACAUUAAUAAUGAUUUCAUCAUAUACGGCGAAUCUUGCUGCAUUUCUAACAGUACAGAGAAUGGAGUCACCAAUUGAAAGUGCUAAUGAUUUGGCUAAACAGUCAUCAAUCCAAUAUGGCUGUUUAAAGUUUGGAUCAACGAAAGCCUUUUUCAAGGAAUCCAAUAUAGAAUCGUAUAAAACAAUGUGGAGAGUAAUGCAGUCUCAACCAACAGUCUUUACCGAGUCAAACCUAGAGGGAGUUGAAAGAGUUCUCAGGGGCAAUUAUGCUUAUCUGAUGGAGUCAGCAUCCAUUGAAUACAUAACAGCGAGAAACUGCGAAUUAGAACAAAUAGAUGGUUUAUUAGAUUCAAAAGGCUAUGGAAUAGCCACUCCAAAAGGAUCACCAUAUCGAACACCAAUAUCCAACGCCAUCUUGGAACUGCAAGAGGAUGGAAUUUUAUACUUACUGAAAGAAAAGUGGUGGUUUAGAAAAUAUGGAGGACACUGUAAACAUGAAGAAACGAGUCAUAGCGCCUCCACAAAUGAGCUUGGUUUAGCUAAUGUUGGUGGAGUGUUUGUUGUUCUGCUCACUGGGCUCGGAUUGGCCUGUAUGAUUUCUAUGAUAGAAUUUAUCUUGAAGACUAGAAGAUCCUCCAGGAACGAGCGAGACUCCGUAUUAUUGGAUUUUCAGAGGAAAGCAAGAAGAAUCGGUUUUCGCUGUGGUCUGACAUCUCAUAGAGCUGAAACUUCGUCUUGGAAACAAUCGAGAGAUUAAGUUUCCAAGAUACGUUAUCGAAUAGUUUGGGAUUUCAAAUCU